UUGUUUCACGUUCCGUAAAAGUCAAGAUUUAUUUUAUUUUAGGAAACGUGUACGUGGUUGCAAGAGAACUAGAUAAACAUAAUAAAAUGUGGUCGGCGUGUAAACUUUGGUGUCGUGACUCCCCAUGCCAUUCCAUGCUGUUUCUCAGAUUUCAGGCCUGAGCCAGCCAUCGUAACCACAAGAUGUGCAAGUUUUGAUUCUGACCUGUCAUCACCAGCAAUUUCAGCAUCAUCAAUUGGAUAAACAACUCCUUUUCUAAUUGAAAAAAACUCUCUCCUCGUGUAAGGUGUAUGGAUAUCCACGAUUCCCCUCUUUUCCUAUCCUGCCUGGCAUCAACUUUAUUCAGAAUGGAGCACUGGCGGUGGCGGUGGAUGCCUUGCUGUGGAUUGCCCGUGCUUAAAGAGUUCACGGAAUCUCCUGCAAGACAAAAAAGAAACAGGUUCCACACACUUAUUGAUUCGGCCAGAGGAGCGGACGAGAUGGGAGAGAGGCGCGGCAUCCGAUUUCGAUCCAUAGUUGUACGUGCAGACGAUCGACGUCUGCGCCCGUCGUCGUGAAAGAGGAAGCGGAUGCUGCUGCUGCUGCUGCUGCUGCGGAAGGGAGGAAGAAGGGGAGACUGGGGGAGCCUCCGCCCCUCUUGCACGUAAUCAGCCACUGGGGGUCGGUUUGAGCCCGGCUGGUGGCUGGAGCGCGGGAGGGUACGGACGGCGGCGGUAGCGUGAAUUCGUCGGAAUCAUCCAAUCGGAUGGGUCGGCUCCUCCCCCUCGGCUGGAGCGAGGGGCCGUUCCCCGUAGACCAUCCGAGUCCAUCCGAGUCACGGGUCCCGUCCUCUGCGCUAUAAGACUUGAGCCUGACGGGCUAACUUUGUUACUUAUCAUUGAGGGCAUCGUGUGUUCAGUGAUUGUUUUGCGCGAUUUGGAGCGGACCGAGUUGGCUGAACUUUUGUGCCCCGCAUAGAUCCCACACACGGCUGCUGUUUCGUCCUCCUUUCAUUGCCCGCUGCUGACGAAGAUGAAGUUAAUUUGAGCCGCCGCAGCCCACAACAAGAGUCUAAUACGAUUGGACAGGUGUUACACUAGAUUCCGUACAGCCUUUGCCUGUUUACCGUGCGUCUUUCCAGCCAUCAGCCAUCGCGCUAUUUUCUCGCCCGGAAAGGAAAAGAAAGAAAGAAAAAACAAGAAAGGAAAGUCGUCAUUCAUUUCCUGGCUCCGGUUUCAUCCCAACUCGAGUUAUUCCUGGCCUAUACUCUUGGUGGAACGUCUUGCUGAUUAGACUUGACGAACCGCAUCACAUCUCUCCGCUUUUUUACCCGCUGGUGUCGAUCGGUCGCCUGAUUUUCGCUUCCCGUCAUGGAGUCGUAUUCUUCAUCAUCCAAGCUGGAACUUGGUAACAGUUUGCUGCAUUCCGUUUCGGCCAGCAACGAGUCGUCGCCGCAGAGCUCCAACAACGGCGAAAUGAAACGCAAGACGUGCAGUGGAGGCAGCGGCAACAACGGCAACAACGGACAGCAGCAGCACCUGAUUCCGACCUCGGUGACCGGCCUAACAUCUGACCUGAGCUCACUCUACGCUCUGGAGAACCUGCACCAUCAUCAUCAUCACCACCACUCGGCCGGCUUGUCCCAUCACCACUCGCACCACUCGUCUCACCAUCACAAUCUGAUCGGCGGAGGUAAUUCCUCCAUUACCAGCAUCGCGCCGUCGACAUCCAGCUCGCAGAGCAUUCAAUCCGGAGGCGGAGGCCUGCUGAAUUCCGGAAACCCGCUUGGACUGCCUGGUCCUGAAGGCGCUUUCAAGAAACUGAAAUCGGAAAGUUCGUCGCUGGGCGGCGUCGGCCCUGGAGGCGGUGGGGGAUCCAAUAGUUGCGUCGGUAAUUCGCACCUCCACAACCCGUCGGCGGCUUCUUGUCCGACUCCGGCGCGUCGCCGACAUCGCACCACCUUCACUCAAGAGCAGUUACAAGAACUGGAGGCCGCAUUUGCCAAGAGUCACUACCCGGACAUUUACUGCCGUGAGGAACUUGCCCGCGUCACCAAACUCAAUGAAGCUCGUAUUCAGGUUUGGUUCCAGAAUCGUCGAGCCAAGUACCGCAAACAGGAGAAACAACUGCAAAAAGCUUUGGCUCCGUCGGUUCUUCCGGCCUGCAAUGGAGCGGCUAUGAUGCGGAACAUUUAUCCGACGGCUAGUCGCGGAUAUCAACCCUAUCCACACCCCAACACCUUCCAGAUGAACAGAUAUCCCCAGAAUGAAUUUUCGCAGUACUUAUCGGAUUUGACCCAGAUGAACCACAGCGCUGCGGCUGCUUACACGUCGAUGGCGCAACCCUUCGGAGUAUCGGCUCAUACUCCGCCUCACAUGCCCACCGUUCGUCAAGAUUCUAUGACAGGCAUGACCUCCGAGGACGAAUGGUACAACAAAAGCUUGACUGCACUGCGCAUGAACUCCGCCCACUCAGCAAACCUGACCACGCCCGUUCUUCAGUACCAAUCUUAAUCGCCUCACUUAUUCGCUUCAAAAAUUCAGCCGAGAUCUCCAGUGAACGUAAGAAAUCGCUCGUUCGUUCACUUUUCAUUGACUGUGUUUUAUCAGGGGCUUAAGACACAGUCAGUUCAUGGCUAAUUAAAAGAAAAGAAGAAGAAGACGUUAACUUGUUUACAAGUCAAAUCCAUCAAAUACGAACUCGUUUAACAUGGCUGGCUUUCGCCUCUCUGACGUGACUAUUUAUUGAUCGGAUUGGCGAAUGGAUGCAGUCGUGAUUUCUAACACAAUUAUUUCGUGCUCAUAAUGUAAUCAACAAGCGCGACCGUUUCUGUAUUAUAAACUCUCAUUCUCAACGUAGCUGCCGACUUAUUAUUUCUGUUUCCAAUAUUUCAUUUCUCCGUUUAUUAUAUAUUAAUUGUGCAAUAACCCUCGUAAAAUUGAUGAAUGACUUUGUUUUAUCCCUUCACUAAAUCCUUCUGUGCGUUUGAUGGUGUAAAAAAAAUCCCUAGAAACUCUUCUUAUUUGUCCCUGUCAUUUCAAGAUGAUAUUAUUUGACAUUUACACGUUACAACUUGACCUAUCUACUGAAUUUUCUUACAUGUAAUCUCUUAUGGCAGCGUUUUCUAUUAAACAUUCCCCUGGUUUGUACUUUUUCAUUUCUUUGUGACACAUUUCGUUUUUUUUUUAUCGCAACAUUCGCUGUCCUACCAAUUUGAAUUUACAUAGUUACACCGAAAUUGUUCCAUGACUACCAAAAAAAAACCCAAGUGUUUGUACUCUCUUUCUUGUAAUGGCGAAUACAGUAACAAAUAUCCCAUCACGUC